GUGGACUCUAGUUGGCCACUCUGAGCGGCGGACCAAGUAUGGCGAAACCGAUGAGGACGUCGCAGAAAAGGUGGCCCAAGCCCUCGCUGCAGACCUCAAGGUGGUCUUGGCAAUUGGCGAGCUGCUGGAGGAGCGUGAGGGUGGGAAGACCAAUGAAGUCAAUGAGCGGAUGCUGGCACCGGUCAUUAAGAAAGUGAAGGCUGAGGACUGGAACCGCAUCGUCAUUGCAUACGAGCCUGUUUGGGCCAUUGGAACAGGAAAGGUGGCAACGCCCGAACAGGCAGAGGAGACGCAUGCCGCGAUCCGCUCUUACCUGGCGAAGGCUGUGAGCGAGGACGUGGCAGAAAAGGCCUGA